GCUCGUGGUCGCAAGGCCCAGAAGGUCACCCAGAAGUAUGUCAUCAACGCUUCCCAGCCCGUGAGCGACAAGAUCUUCGACCUCUCUGCUUUCGAGAAGUUCCUCCACGACCGCAUCAAGGUCGAGGGCCGUGUCGGCAACCUCGGCGACAAGGUCGUCAUCUCCCAGGCUGGUGAGGGCAAGAUCGAGGUUGUUGCCCACAUCCCCUUCUCUGGCCGCUACCUUAAGUACCUCACCAAGAAGUACCUCAAGAAGCAGCAGCUCCGUGACUGGCUCCGCGUCGUCUCCACCUCCAAGGGUGUCUACGAGCUCCGCUUCUACAACGUCGUCAACGACGAGGGUGAGGAGGAUGAGGAGUAA